AUGGCCAGAGGUGGCGUGAUGCCAUACAGCAAUGGAGCGACAUUACGGUUUCUCAUACCGGCAGUGUUGCGCGGCAGCCAGAAGAACGUCUGCCGAAUAACGCGCGUCUCGAUCAGUGCCGACUCGGUCUACUACGACGAUUCGGACGAUUCCGGGACGUCCAGCGUGACCCCGAUCGCUUACCGUCCGGUCAGCAGCAUCGACAGUACGGACGGCGGCUCCAUGGAUGACGACAAUCAAAGUGCCUCUCCAAUCCGUGCAGUGAUGGAGGCUGAUCCGGUACGGGUGUCCGAUCGUGAACCGUCCGCCUCGGCAGGGAGUGAUGGCGAUGUGGAAGAUGUGAGCGGUGACAGCAGUGUUGCCAGCCGACGGAGCAGUGCUAUUAGUAGCGGUAGUAUCAACGUUUCCUACCCUGCCCGGGCCAUUUCUCCCGCUGGAGAAAAUGUGCAAACCGUCAUCGAACCGGGCUUGCAGGGCUCGCCCGUAUUAGCAGCAUCCCCCGUUGCGCCCUCGCCCUCGCAGUCGCCGGUCUCGGGCCGGUCGUGGUCGGUAUCCAUCUCGACAGCCUCCUCGGACGAGAUCGAGUACGACAACUACGCGGACGACACCGAAGACGACGACGAGGACGCGAGCGAUUUGUCCGGUGCGAGUCCGAGACGUCCGCGGCAACCAGCGUACCCAGUGUCGCCGUUCGAUUUUGGUGGCAUUGCGGCCCCGGCACGGUCCAAAGGCUCGAAAGUGUCGUCCGCCGGUAGGAAGCGUGGAAAGAGUGCGGCCGCACCCGGUACCGAGCGGGCUUCCUCGACCUCGCCCGUCGGCAGCAGCACCAACGCACGCGGCUCGACCGUAAUUCGAUUAGUGCCAGCGUCGGUGGACAUCUUCCAGACGCUGCUCGAUCUCGGUCCGGCACCGCGCAGCCGUAGCUCGUCGACCGGGAACGCUAACGGGGGCGGAAGCAUUAGCGGCGGCAGCCGGGACGGUGUAGGUACAGCGCGAUCCGAACGCUCGCUCAGGAUGCCAACGCCGACGGAGGAGGAGCAGGCUAAAGGGGCUGGUGCCGGUGGUGGUGCCGAGGGUAGCGAGUGCCGUCCGAUGGCUUCCCUGGCCGUGCCCGAGAUGACCGAUGACGAUCAGACGAGCGACGAGGUAGAUGAAGAGGCGGAAGAUGAGCUCGAGAAUGCCGAAGCCGGAUUGCUCAACUUGGCUCGCCUCGGUUGUCGCGUUCAGUUCGCUAGCACCGUGGUCGAUAACGAGCGGAGCGUCGGUGCGGAUGGUUCCGGUGCAGGGCCUUCCGGCGUGGCCAGAAUGUCCGAGUGA